AUGCAGGCGGUAGCCCUAUAUACCAAAUUCACUCCUCAAAGAACUGCCGCCAUCCGCGAGGGCCUCCGCAUCAUCCGCCACAUAUUCUCUUCCAACGACGCGUCCAAAGAAGGUUUAUCGACUUCAGAAAUUUACCGACUCGCAUUGAAAGAGAAACCUGGGAAAGAAUUUUUGGAUUCAUUGAAGCAAGCUAACGCAAAUGGGAAAGGCAAGGGCAUCAGCUCGGGGGUUCAAUCAAAGUUGGAGGACGGAAGAAUCCAACCUCCUGCUCCUCCGAAUCCAGAACAUCCUUUAAAAUCCAUGACGUUUUUGAAAAAAGAUGUCCUACCAAUACUCGAAGGCAACCAAGAAAUCCGCCUCCAAAAAACAUCUCGUCUACCUAUCGUACACACAUCCGAGUCUACCGCAACGAACACGCCGACAAAAGGAAAGAACGAAAAGGGACCGAAGAAACAGAAACCCGUAGACAAACAAUUAUCAUCGUCGACUCCUCCACCCGCUUCACCCGUAACUGUCUGGUUAUGGAAACAAUUCAGGACGACACGCCCUGAUUCCUCCAUUCGCGAAUACAACGGCCCCUGGAAAAAGACAAGACUGGGCGAAUUAGGUAUCACUGUCAACCCUGUACUCGAUACCGGUCAUCUCAAUCGACGGAGGAGGUUUGCGAGGUACGAAAAGCUUGCCAGGGAGAGUGCGGUCAGGUCUCGGGAGGAAAGAAGGGUAGCGAAUGGCACCGAGAAAGAACCAUUCACGACCUCCGAACUCGCUAGGAUAGCAAAGAACUCUCGAGACGGUGCUCGAAAACUAAAAUUAUUCUAA